GCGAUGGCGACAUGGAGAGCGGGGCCUACUGCGCGGCCAAGGCGGGUGGCUCCUUCGACCUGCGGCGCUUCCUGACGCAACCGCAGGUGGCGGCGGGGGCCCUGUGCAGGAUCUUUGCCUUGAUCGUGUUCUCCUGCAUCUAUGGCGAGGGCUACAGCAAGUCUAAGCAGAUGUACUGCAUAUUCAACCACAACGAGGACGCCUGCCGCUAUGGCAGUGCCAUUAGGGUGCUGGCCUUUGAGGCCUCGGCCUUCUUGGCGGCCGACGCGUAUUUCCCCCAGAUCAGCAAUGCCACUGACCGCAAGUACCUGGUCAUUGGUGACUUGCUCUUCUCAGCUCUCUGAACCUUCCUGUGGUUUGUUGAUUUCUGUUUCCUUACUAACCAGUGGGUGGCCACCCAACCGGAGGAUGUGCCGCUGGAAGCCAACUCCACGUGGACAGCCAUCACUUUCAGCUUCUUUUCCAUCUUCUCCUGGGGCGUGCUGGCCUUCCUGGCCUAUCAGCGCUGCAAGGCUGGCGUGGACGACUUCAUCCAGAACUACAUCGACUCCAUCCCAGACCUCAACACUGCCUACGCCUCCUACCCAGGUGCAUCUGUGGACAACUACCAGCAGCUGCCCUUCACCCAGAAUGCGGAAACCACCGAGGGCUACCAGCUGCUCCUGUGUACUGAGUGACCUUCGGGGUGGGAAGGGGGGCAGAGAGGACCCUCCCCUCUGCCCUGGACUUUCCCACGAGCCUCCUGGAACUGCCAGGCCCCCUCCUUCGCCUGUCCCAUCCUGUGCAACUCACACACAGCUAAGGAGCCUCCCAGCCUGGGGCGCUGGCAGAGCCACACCUCAAGUGCCUGCACCCAGAGGGCUUUAGUCAGACACACUCUUCCAGGGCACUUUUAGGAAAGGGUGUUUAGCUAGUGUUUCUCCUUGC